AUUGCAUCAUGUGAUCUUUUACACGCCUUUGUUAGAAGUGAAAGUCUCGUCGUUUAGUUAAAGCUUGCUUCUGAGGGAAGCGUAUUACAUUGCCUAUACUCUGUUCUUCUCGACUGUUUUUCGAUGGAAAUGUCUUUGAGCAAAGAUAUAAAGCACCUUCAGAUGAUGGAGCAGAACAUAAUGCUGCUGUUGAUCGGUAAAACUGGAUCAGGAAAAAGUACCACAGGAAACAUCAUCUUUAAUAAAACUGUGUUUGAGUCGAAAAGGAGCUCUUCAUCAGUGACCAAAGUGUGUCAAAUACACACUGAUGCUGUUAAUGACAGAAGUGUGACAGUGAUUGAUACUCCAGACUUCAGAUUCUCCACUCACACUGACUUUGAUUCAGACUCUGAGCUGAAGAGAGCUCUUGAAUUAUGUUCACCAGGAGCUCAUGCCAUCCUGCUUAUUCUGCCUUUAAACACUUUCACUGAGCAGGAGAUGGAUUUCAUUAGUUGGUUUGUGCAGAUGUUUGGUGUUGAAGCUCUCAGAUUUACUCUAGUGCUCUUCACUCAUGCAGAUGAGAGACACAUGAGAUCACUAGGAGAACUUAUCAGGGAAAAUACUCAGUUGUCUGAUUUCAUUAGUCAAUGUGGUCAGAGAUAUCAUGAAUUUAACAUUAAAGCUCCAGCAAACAGAGAGCAGGUGACUGGACUCAUGGAGAAGAUCAACAGACUGCUGUCUGACAACACAAACAUCUGUUACACACUAGAAAUGAUGCAGGAGACUGAGAGGAGAAGAGAGAAGGAGAAGAAAGCAGAGGAGGAUAGGAAAGAGAGAAAACAUCAAACUGAAUUAGACAGAGUCAGAAGAGAGACUGAAAUACGUGUGAGGAGAGAAUGUGAAGAACAAAAAAGAGCCAAGCUGGAAAAACAAGAGUCUCUUUGGAAGGGGUUCAAACAUCUGUUUGUUAAACAUAUAAAGCUGAAAUCUGUCUGUAUAAUUAUGGUUUUUGCUGUAGUGACAGGAGGUGUUUCUGUGUGGAAGAAAGACUUUUCAAAUGGAUGGAUGUUCACUAAUGGUUUCUGUACAGGAGGAUUAGCUUCAACUGUCGGAGUUUGCAUAGAAAUUCUUUGGAAAUUGAUGUUGAAGAAUCAGCAUGUCAUUUCAUCUUCUCGUGAGCGUCCCAGUGCUCUUAGACAGUUAUUGCUGAAGACAGGAGAUGUUGCGUGUGCUGCAUCUGCUGGAGCUGUGAUUGGUCACUUUCUCGGAGGAAAUGUGUUUCCUGUUACAGUGUUAGCAGGUUUGGCUGGAGCUGCUGCAGCUUUUACAGCAAAACAAUGAAGCUGCUGAUGUUUUACAGUUCAUGAUAAAAUAACCUAUAGGCAAUGUCAGUAGUUGGAUAUUCAUUGUGUUGUUUUCUGCUUUAAGAAUUUUUGAAACACAAUGUUUAUAUGAAAUGGAGAUGAUGAUAAUGAAGAUGAUGAAGUGA